CCCGAAGGAAGAUGAUGGCGGAGGGAGGACGAUACAUGAGGGAGAGGAGAAGAAAAGUAAUAGCACAAUGCAGGAAGUGAAGACAACAGAAGAUUUCACAUCUGUGCCUGAUACCCCGAAGGAAGAUGAUGGCGGAGGUAGGACGAUACAUGAGGGAGAGAAGAAGAAAAGUAAUGGAACAAUGCAGGAAAUGAAGACAACAGAAGAUGUCACAUCUGUGCUUGAUACCCCGAAGGAAGAUGAUGACGAAGGGAGGACGAUACACGAGAGAGAGAAGAAAAGUGAUGGUCCAAUGCAGGAAGUGAAGACAACAGAAGAUGUCACAUCUGUGCCUGAUACCCCGAAGGAAGAUGAUGGCGGAGGUAGGACGAUACAUGAGGGAGAGAAGAAGAAAAGUGAUGGUCCAAUGCAGGAAGUGAAGACAACAGAAGAUGUCACAUCUGUGCCUGAUACCCCGAAGGAAGAUGAUGGCGGAGGGAGGACGAUACAUGAGGGAGAGGAGAAGAAAAGUAAUGGCACAAUGCAGGAAAAGGAGAAGGAGAAGGUGCAGAAGGAAGUGGGUGAUGGAGAUGUGAAGCCUCAGGGCACGACAGAAGGUGAAGAAGAUGAUACGCUGAUUCUUGUGGAAGAAGGCGGGACUAUGAAGGAAGCUGCAGUGGGUGGAGAUGAUAAGCAAGAUGUAAAGACAAUGAAAGACGAAAAUAAUGCAGUAAAUGUGGAGAUACAAAGACCUGAUGAUACUGUUGAAGAAGAUGAAAGCAGACCAUGCAGCGAACAGGAUGUGAGGGAGAAUUGGGAUGAUGAAAUGGAAGAUGUCAGUUUGAGAGAACGUGAGGUGAGUGAGACCAAAGAUGCAGAAAGUGUGUCGGGUGGUGACAAGAGCCUGAUGGAACAUCACCAGAGAGCAAAGAACAGUCUAGGAGAGGAAGAAAAGUUGGAGUAUGUCCCAGUUGAAGGAGAAGAUGAUGGCACAGAGGAAGAUGUAGCCGGUCUUGAUAGUACAGAGGUGGGUGAGGAAAACGUGGUGGAACAAGGGAAGGUGGAGAAGAAUCAAAGAGAGGAACUGGGGAAGAGUGAAGAGAGCACACCAUUAGAAGAACAGGAGAAGGGCGAAGAGGCAGGCGAGAAGACUGAUGAUGGAGAAACGGAGAUAUUAGAAAAUGGUGUAGAAAAGGCAAGAUUUAUGGUACUUGAUGCUGAGGGAAAGAAUGAUGGUGCAGUAAAAGGCUUGAAGAUAGAGGAACAACUGGAUGGAGGAAGGAAGUCGGCAGUGCAGGUAACCAAGUCUGGAGAAGAUAACAUGGAGGUUGCUGAAACUGGUAUAGCUGAAGACAGACAGGGGAACGGCGGAACGGCAACAGUGCCGCAACAGGGCAAUGCUGGUGAGAGAGGGACGGUAGCAGAAGAGGCCACGCAGGCACUAGAAACAGAACACUUUGUGGAAGGAGGAGGCAAUGAAAGGGAUGAUUCGGAAGGGAUUGAAACGGGAAACGAACUUCUGAGAGAAAAAGAAAUAACAACGGAGCAAGAAGGCACAGAGAGAGAUGUUAACGAAGGGAGGAAGGCUGAGGCACCAGUGGACAAGGAUGGUCAUGACAGAGAAAAAGAAACGGAGACAGCAGAAGAUGUCACAUCUGUGCCUGAUACCUCGAAGGAAGAUGAUGACGGAGGGAGGACGAUACAUGAGGGAAUGGAGAAGAAAAGUGAUGGUACAAUGCAGGAAGUGAAGACAACAGAAGAUGUCACAUCUGCGCCUGAUACCUCGAAGGAAGAUGAUGACGGAGGGAGGACGAUACAUGAGGGAAUGGAGAAGAAGAGUGAUGGUACAAUGCAGGAAGUGAAGACAACAGAAGAUCUCACGUCUGCGCCUGAUACCACAAAGGAAGAUGAUGACGGAGGGAGGACGAUACAUGAGGGAGAGGAGAAGAAAAGUGAUGGUCCAAUGCAGGAAGUGAAGACAACAGAAGAUGUCACAUCUGUGCCUGAUACCACAAAGGAAGAUGAUGACGGAGGGAGGACGAUACAUGAGGGAGAGGAGAAGAAAAGUGAUGGUACAAUGCAGGAAGUGAAGACAACAGAAGCUGUCACAUCGUUAUCUGAUGAGUCGAAGGAAGAUGACGAAGGGGGAAAGACGAUACAGAAAAAUGACAAAAAGCAGGUGAAUAAAGGGGAAGAUGAGAAUGUAGUGAAGGAGCCCUCUCCGGCGGAGGAAGAUUUUGUUCCAAAGAUUUACGGCGAUAACUGGCGAGAAGAUGUGAGGAACAGCUACUCUCCAACAGGAAGAGAUUAGUGAUUGUAUAGAAUCAGCUGCUGUAGAGGUCGACGCUACACCUGAAACACAAGGCGAGGAAGUCGUGAUGGAGGGAGAAGAAGCGGGAGGAGAUGGGAUGGAACAAGAGGAGACAGACAAGACUGGAGAUGUGAAUCCUGAACAAGCAGCUGUUGUUGAACACGACAGUAAUCCACACUCAGACGAA